CGGACUUCGGACAGUCACAUCCGCCGAAGACAAGCUCCGCUCGGCAUCCAUGGCCAGCACAGGCAGCGUUUCCAAACACUGGUUGGUUGUCGUAACCGAUAGUUGAGGUUAGUUAGUGAUACGGUAGCGAGCAGUUCGCCCGUCUUUCCAUCCUAGAUAUCCUCCUGUCCCAAUUUGUGAUCGGGCGCCGUGCACAUACUUGUGCCCGGUCUUGAAAGCUUACUCUUGCUGCCCCGUCCCAGGAUCCGCUCAGCACUCGCUUACCAUCGCCACACUCAAACAUGAUUAUAUGACAGUUCCUAGCGUGGCCUAGACGUCAGAUGGAAAGAAACUUUUUCCCGCGGGAUAUAUUGGCCCGAUCAGAAUAUACGAGACAACCACUUGAGAGCAGAUCGUCAUUCUGGAGGGUCACGCAGACCGAGUCGAAGCCAUCACCUUGCUUCAGAACGACCGUCUCCUUGUGAGUGCAUCAUGGGAUGGAAUGCCCUUUCCGCUGAUGGAAAAGUGCUGGUCACUGGUUGCCGGGACAAAAACGCAUAUGUAUGGGACAUUCACGCCAUCCUCAUAGACGCUAGCCUUGAGGACCUACUAUUCAUUCCUCAUGUCCCAACUCAAAAGUCGUUAAAGGACACUGAUGCUACCAGACGUCCACCCGUCGAAUACCACCAGGUUUUUUCGACGACACCCAAUCCUCCACAGCACGUGGUAUCCAUAUCCUCUUUUCUGCGCACAAUUCUCGCAUUCAUAACCCAUCCUCCUUCUGCCAUUCCACGUGCCAUUCUCGAACACCUUUCGUCGUUCUUCCACCACUCUCAUUCCGAUGUCGAUGGAGCAACUGAACUUCAGCAACACCCAAGGCGCUCCAUCUUUUCUCGUGGACUUCGUAUCGUCGAAGUUGCUGCAGUACAGGACAGAAAGGCAUUGUAUGUUGCUCCACGGCCGCGGCCGCAGCAGCAAAGGCAGUUGCAUGCCCAAGGCUCGUCGUCGCAAUCUCAGCCUACUACCACACCUGCUCAAGGUACCAGGACUGCCGCACCAGGUGCAGCAACUGCGCAGUCACCGCCCAUCCCAUUAUGGGCUCGUUUUGUUUUGUCUAUCUGUUGCGCAUCUCCCCGCACGUCAAUGGUCAUUGAUACAGGAGCAGCACAUGUACAAUCAUCUUACUCUUCACGUCUUCCGCUCUUCCAACAAUCUUGUUUCCUUAUCGGGACAUUAGUCUAAUCAUGCUAACAGUCGCGACAAAAAUGUCAUACCUGUGUCCAAGCUUAGAGUCCUGACGUGCGACAGGUAUGCAUAGCAGCAGCACCUGAAUACAAAAUGAAGGAUGGCGCUGCCACCUUUUGGGUGACCCUGUCGUUGCAAAACCAUUUCCUCGGACUUGUUCUUCGCAACGAUGUUUCAUGUUUGAAAGGCAUGAGUAUCUUGUUCCAACAUUUUUGUCAGUGGUAGAGAGCUAGCCACGGUUCCAUUGAAGAGUCGUUUCGUUCUCUUUUUUUUGCCGUGCAACUCCCACACACAUCAACGUCAUAAACAUAGACACAGAACUAGUUUCUGAUUCUUCUGUACUCUUAUCUCUUUCUUCAUAUCAUUUCGCAACUACGUAUAUUAACAUUGUUUCCUUGUCGUAAGACUCGAGUAAUGCAUCGAACUCGACACCAA